AUGUCUCAGCCACAGGCUAUAGAUUUUGAAAAGAUAAAAAAUUCAUCUGAUGGGUCAAUCUCAGGUAUGAUCUCGCUGGGAUUUAAUGAAGUUGUUGUUAACAACCCAUACUUUGCUGCUGGUGGGGGAUUGAUGUUACUUGGAACCAGUUUAGCAUUGGCAAGACUGGGGUUUGUAAAAGGCUCUGGGUUUAUUUAUAGACAAUUAUUAGUUGAUCUUGAAAUUCCAUCCAAAGACAAAUCGUAUCUUUGGUUUUUAGAAUGGAUGUCACAAUAUAAACAUAGAACUUCACGUCAUUUGUCUGUGGAAACAAAUGUUAUAACCCAUGAUAACGGAGCCAUAACUACUAAUUUUUCCUUAGUUCCUGGUCCAGGUAAGCAUUUGAUCAAAUACAAAGGUGCAUACAUGUUGGUAAAUCGUGAAAGAUCAGGGAAGUUAUUGGAUAUGACAAACGGUACCCCAUUUGAAACCGUUACUUUGACUACCCUUUACCGCGAUCGCAAAUUGUUCAAUGAUUUGCUUAGUGAAGCAAAAAACUUGGCUUUGAAAGCAUGCGAAGGUAAAACUGUUAUUUAUACAUCAUGGGGCCCAGAAUGGAGACCUUUUGGACAACCUAGAUCCAAGAGAAUGGUCGGAUCCGUUAUUUUGGACAAAGGAAUUGCUGAAAGUAUUUUGGAUGAUGUUAAGGAUUUCCUUACCAGUGGUGAAUGGUACCAUAAGCGUGGUAUUCCUUAUAGAAGGGGUUAUUUAUUAUAUGGUCCACCUGGUAGUGGGAAAACUUCAUUUAUUCAAGCAUUAGCUGGAGAAUUGGACUACAAUAUUUGUAUUUUGAACUUGUCUGAGAACAACCUCACCGAUGAUAGAUUAAAUCACUUGAUGAAUCAUAUACCAAAUAGAUCAAUUUUAUUAUUAGAGGAUGUUGAUGCUGCAUUUAACAAGAGAGAACAAUCAGCUGACCAAGGUUAUACGAACGGGGUUACAUUUUCAGGAUUGUUGAAUGCAUUAGAUGGUGUAGCCAGUGCAGAAGAAUGUAUUACAUUUAUGACUACCAAUCAUCCCGAGAAAUUAGAUCCAGCCUUGCUUCGACCAGGUAGAGUUGAUUUCAAAGUUUUGAUUGAUAAUGCCACUGAAUACCAAGUCAAACACAUGUUUUUGAGAUUUUAUGAAAACGAAGAAGAAUUAUGUGACCAAUUUUUGGCCAAAUAUAGAAAAUUAGGUUUACAACAUGUCAGUACCGCACAAUUGCAAGGGUUGUUUGUAUAUAAUAAAAGAGACCCACAAGGUGCUAUUGAAAUGAUUGAAACAUUACAAAACCCAAACUCUGUAUUUAAAUAG